UUAUAUUGCAGUGUACCAGCAGAGACCUAAAUCCCUGAAGCGUGGCACGGUGUCCAAGGUUGAUGCGAUUCCGUAAAGGAGAGCGGGAGAAAUCUAUCAAGAGGGCGGGAGUAGCCUAUCAAGCGCAUAAUCUGGCAAACACUCUGAAAGGGGUGUGUGCAUUUUCAUGAUCGGAUUAUCGUUUAGACCUAAAUUUAAUUCCAUUUGGAAUGAUUGUUCUAUUGCGUUGUAUAAUGUAAACUAUAGCCUUACGCGCUUGCGUCCAUUUCCAAUUUUAUUGCGCAAAACAUAUGCCGUAUUAAAGCAAGGCCUUCUCCAUCUAAAUAACGUGAUCAUCCAGGAGUUAUGAAUAUCUAUUUUGCAAUAUUUGCCUUCAUGGCACCUGUUGUUAUUGUUAUGAUAACGGUAGGGGUAUCAUGUGUAAUUCAUCGAAGGAGGCACAGUCGGAUUGAACGCUCACUUCAAUGAUGGACGCUCUGAAAUACCCCCCACCCCCCCCCCCCCUUCAGUUUCUAUCCUCUCCGGGAGCAUCGCUCCGAUUACCAUGGAAGAAACCUUCCUAUCAUGGCGGCUAGAUUCCAGGUGAAGGAUCACCAUCACCCUCAGACACCAUGGCACAGCCCACAUCCCCAGGAUCACCAUCACCCUCAGACACCAUGGCACAGCCCACACCCCUGGAAGCCUCCCUGGAAGCCAUCAUCAUGACAUUCCACAAGCAUGCUGACAGUGGAGAUUCCAUGACCCUCAGCAAGAAAGCUAACCAACCUCAUCAAGGUAGAGCUGUCCAUCAUCGCUGUGAAGGGUGGUCCUGAAGGGGAUGACCUGGUGACGAUGCUGGACCAGGACGGCGACGGCGCUCUGAACUUCAUGGAGUACCUUACCCUGAUUGUAACCCUUGCCUGCAUGUGCAACUGCGUCCUGAAAGAGAAAAUGUGUUUGCAUUUCAUGAAAAAACCUGCCUGCUUCCAUCUGCUUUCUACAGUGUAUUGCAUUAGGCCUACAUGGCACACUAAUGUCUCAUAUCUCAUUGAGUACAUUGGGUAAAUGCCCUCCUCCCUGUGUCCACACGCAUGCACGCACGCCCGCACAGACACAAAGGGUUGCAUAACUCGGCAAUAAUGAUGAGACUGAUCCUCAAACACAUUUACCCACAUGGAUUCGUUGUCAGAAAGUAGCUCAGUUGGUAGUGCAUGGCGCUUUCGACAACAGGAUAGUGGGUUUGAUUCGUGGGAACACCCGUUGUAAAAUGUAGGCGCGCAUGACUAAAUCGCUUUGGAUAAAAGCUUCUGCUAUAAAUGGCGUAUAUUGUUAGAUUAUAUUAAGAUCUCAAGAAUGCUGCUAAACAGAGCAUAGCAUGUGAGAUAGUAAACAGUGUGUGUAGGCUAUGUGUAGGCCUAAGUAUUUACCUUGAUAUGUUUUAUCUUUGCUGCUAAUAAAUGGGCAAAAUCCCCAACCAAAGAUCCACGUUUGGAACGUGGUUUGUUUUGCACACGUUUAUGAACAUUUGCAAUCCCGCCUGUGCUAUAGACUCUAGUGUACUUUUUACAAUUCUGUUUAUAAAGCUGUAGCAAUUUUUAAAGUAAAACAAAUAAAUAAAUUGAUGUCACUCUUUUUAGUAACAGGCCGGGUUUAUUACGCAUGCUCCGACUACUGAAGUCCUCACCCCGACAGAGACGGAAAAACUGAAUCGUGGCAGAAUUUCCGAGGCUGAUGUGAUUCGGUAAAUGAAGGUUGAGAGACGACUAGGCGGGGAGUAGCCUACCAAGCGCAUAAUCUGGCAGGAUUUGGAAUGGUGUGUGUACUUUCAUGUUCGCUUUCAUUUAAUUUGGUUACAAAUUCCAUUUCUCUCUUCCAUUUGGCUUCAUUUUUUAUUUUGUUAAGGUUUUUUUGGAGGUUGUAGGCUCAUGCGCAUGCGUCCAUUUCCAAUAAUGCGCAAAUGUCUAUUAUGGCUAAAUACGCUAUAUUGAUCCAGGAGUUAUGAAUAUCUAUUUUGACGUUUUUGCCUUCAUGCCACCUGUUGUUAUUGUUAUGAUAACGGUAGGCCUAUCAUGUCUAAUUCAUCGAAGAAGGCACAAUCGGAUUGAACGCUCACUUCUUCAAUGAUGGACGCUCUGGUUCGUAUUAGUUCUAACAUGAAGAGCAUGGAGCGCGAGCUGCAUUGCCCGGUGUGUAAGGAGAUCGUCAAGCAGCCCGUGGUCCUGCCGUGUCAGCACAGCGUCUGUCUGAUGUGUGCCUCCGAGGUCUUGGUUCAAAAUGGCUACCCUCCUCCGGAGUUGCCGCCCGAGCCCAACUCUCCUGCCUCCACCCCCAACACCCGCUCUCCCCACCAGGCACGCAGGCCCAUGCCCAGCAAGGCCGACCAUAGACCCAUUGACCGCGUGCUACGUUCAGGAUUUGGGACCUAUCUGUCGCCGGGGCGACGGCGUAAGGAACCACCCCAUGCAAUGUUAUUUCCAUGCCCGCCCUGUGGGAGGGAGGUAGAGCUGGGAGAGAAGGGUCUGACUGACUGCCUGCGUAACCUCACCUUGGAGCGCAUUGUAGAGAGGUACAGACACACAGUGAGCCUAGGCAGUGUGGCUGUGAUGUGUCAGUUCUGCAAGCCUCCCCAGUCCCUGGAGGCCACUAAGGGCUGCGCCGACUGCCGAGCCAGCUUCUGUAACGAGUGUUUCAAGCUCUACCACCCCUGGGGGACACCGCGCGCCCAGCACGAACACGUCCAGCCCACCCUCAACUUUAGGCCCAAGGUUCUGUCGUGUCCUGAGCAUGACCAGGAGCGUCUGCACUUCUACUGUAGGACGUGCCAGCGGUUGCUGUGCCCGCUCUGCAAGCUGCGCCGCAUACACGCCGGGCACAAAGUGGCGCCAGUCGCCCAGGCCUACCAGACUCUCAAGGACAAGAUUACCAAGGAGAUGAACUACGUUCUGGCCAACCAAGAGACGGUGCUGGGCCAGAUCACACAGCUGGAGAGUGCCAUCACUCAGACAGAGGCCAACAGCGUAGCGGCACGGGAGCAGCUGUCUCAGAGCGUGAGGGACCUGACUGCCCUCCUCGCCGAGCGCCACGCCUCAUUGACCGAGGCCCUGGAGAGGGCGAGGCAGAAGCGGGGCGAGGCGUUGGCGGGCCAGGUUGCGGAGAGGCGGAGCCUGCUGGAGCAUGCAGGCCUCAUGGCGUUGUCCCAGGAGCUGCUGAAGGAGACGGACCCGCCCUGCUUCGUCCAGGCAGCACGCCAGACACACAGCAGGUUAUCCACGUCCAUCGAGAGGUUGCAGUGUUUCUCUCUGGCCGCUGAUCCCUCCUUCAGACACUUCCAGCUGGAUGUCUCCAAAGAGCUCAAACUCCUCACAGACCUGCAGUUCAUCCAGGCCCCUCUGGCCCCUGUCAUUGACACCCAAAAGACCCUGGCCUAUGACCAGCUUUUUCUGUGUUGGCGGCUGCCUCAGGAAUCCGCUCCCGCCUGGCACUUCUCUGUAGAGUUCCGUCGUCGUGGGGUGGUGCCAGGAGGCGGGGCCAGAGGUGGUAUCCAAGGACGAUUGGCUGCGGCCCGCUGGGGCUGGCAGCGGCUGGAGGAAGUGGGUGGGACCAGUGCUGUGAUUGACAGGUUGGAGAUGGACAGUGUGUAUGUGUUGAGGGUGAGAGGCUGCAACAAGGCCGGCUUCGGGGAGUACAGUGAGGAGGUGUACCUACACACCCCACCAGCACCAGCUUCUUUCCUCUUUACACUUUGUCUUCACAUCUCUCCUCAUCUCACUCAUUCUGCUCCUAGAUCCAAUCUCCCAAUCCACAUUUCUACCCCUGCCUUGUUAAAUUUUUACCUGGACUCUCGCUGGGGUCUCCAUGCCGACCGGCUGGUGGUGAGUAAGGAGCAGCGCUGCGCCCGGAGCGUCCCCGGUCUGUCCCUGCUGCAGGCCGCCGACCUAGCGCUCACUUCCUGUCACCUGACUGCAGACCUGCUGGUGGGCGACGUGGCCAUCACCCAGGGCAGGCACUACUGGGCAUGCUCAGUGGAGCCCGGCUCCUAUCUGGUCAAGGUGGGGGUGGGCCUAGAGGCCAAACUACAGGAGUGGUUUCAUCUUCCCCAAGACAUGGCCAGUCCCCGCUAUGACCCAGACAGUGGUCAUGACAGUGGGGCGGAGGAUUCCCUGGACUCCCCUCCCCCCUUCUCCUUCCUCACCAUGGGGAUGGGCAAGAUCUUCCUGCCCCACGGUCCCAACCAUCAUAACAACCAUGGUUGCCCCGCCAAUGGCACCAGCCCUCGCCGCAGCCCCACCAUCUCCAACGGGAACAUCCCCGCCUCCUCGCCUACGGGCCUCACCUACCCCCUGCCUCCCAGGCUCGGGGUGUGCCUUGACUUCGAGAAGGGUCGCGUCACUUUCUACGAUGCCCACUCGCUCCGUCCACUGUGGGAAGGGCCUGUCGAUUGCUCCGGCCCCGUGUGCCCGGCUUUCUGUUUUAUUGGCGGAGGGGCGCUGCAGUUACAGGAGCUUGUGGCCAAUCGGAUGGCAGACCAGACUCCAGUCAGGAGGGUCACCAUCCAACCACGUGUCACUAAUCUGAAUAACUAGGCCAGAUUCAAUCCGAAACCACGGCGUAGCGCGCUUGACAUUUAAAGGUAAUUUCCAAUUGUGACAACAUCUGCAGCGUUUACCUUGAAUGCGAUCUCCGCAAAUGCGGUAAUAUUCCCUUUAAAACGUGCAUCAAUCAUCUGAGGUGAUUGAUUGGACAUAGAAUGUAAAGUUAAUUGUAAGCUAUUUACUUGGCCGGAACAAAAAGUUAGUAACCUCAGAGAUUGUGUUGUUUUGUAUUUCAUUUGUAUGAGAAAAAUAGUUUUUAUUGCAACCAAUAUGUAAAUGUCUAACUUUACUGCAUUAUUUUGGGGGUUUCCACAUUUUAUUUUGUCAGAAAUACUAAAUUGCUUAAGUAGGAGCUGUCAAUUUACACACACAGCAAUUAUGUAAUGUCUCAUUAUAUCUCUGACACUUGCACUAUUAACCACACUAUACUGUAUAUAUUUACAGUAUAAAUGUUUAUAUAUAUGCAAGAACAGAUAUAGUUUAGAAACACUCUUUCUCAGUCAUGUUAUGUCUGGGUGUUCAUCUAGGUCAGGGGUAUUCAAAUCUUACCCUACAAGGUCCGGACUACUGCUGGUUUCCGUUCUACCUGGUAAUUAAUUGCACCUACCUGGUGUCCCUGGUGGAACUGGCUUUGAGGUCCAGAUUUGAAUUUGACAGAUCUAUGUUUUUUGAUACUUCAUGUAACAGGUUCCCCUUCACUGUGUACUAACACUUUUCACACGUCUACGUCUGUGUAUCUCCAAUGGUAAAAAGUCCUGACUGUUAGUGAAAUCUUCCCACUCACUCCAUCACAACCCCAACCAAAGUGAUUUCUCUGGACUAAAUACUGUUGUAAUUGAGUAGACAGUAGAUUUAGUUAGGUGGAUAACAUGAACAUGAGGCAAUACUGUAAUUAGGAACUGAAUGAUACUGCUUCGGCUUCAGCCACCUUUAUCACUUGCUUCUUGAUUAAUACGUUUGUGCAUUGAUUGUUUUUCCAAUGUUUAACUUCUGCAGUGUGUGCGUGUGUGCGUGCGUGUGUGUGUAGGAGAAGGAGUGAGAAUGCAGUAAUUCACUUGUCUGAUAAUCAUAUUGAUCACCAUUGGCUAAUGAUAAUUUUGGCUUUUAGGGAAUAUUUUGGAUUAUUUCAAAGUGGGCUUGAUUGUAAAUAAUGAGCAGUGCUUCUUAUGAAUGAUAAGCUUUUUAGAAAUGUAGGUUGUCUCUGAAAUGGCACCCUAUUCCCUAUAUCGUGCACUACUUUCGAUCAACUCGAUUCUUGGUCAAAAGUGGGACGCAGACGAAAUGUAGACUUCUCCUGCUGGCAGAAUGUUUGUAAAAAUAAAAAUAAAAAACAUAGACCAACAAUUAACUCUAAAUAAAUACAAAUUCUGAAAAUAAGCUAAAUCUGUCCUCCUUA